AAACACCAAACCGCUGGUGGGCAGAAAAUCAAUACACAGGUGGCAUAGGCGAGUCAGUAUGAAAAAAGAUUGUACAAGAAUUACACAUCAAAUUUAAAGCAAUGGUUCAGACUUGUGUAGUUGUGGGCUGUAGGAAUAGGUGGGAAAAGGGUUCCAAGAUUUCUUGGCAUAGAUUUCCCAACGAAAAGAACCCAGUGCGAAGAGAACAGUGGUUAUCGGCCAUCAACAGGAAAAAUUGGAAUCCAACCAGACAGGAUCGCGUGUGUGGAAAACACUUCGUGUCAGGAAGUGCAAGCCAGAUUCCCGGGGACCCAGAUUAUGCACCAUCACUGUACUUGGGUAAUCCGACUCACAGAUCUUCAACUCCAGAUGUGAAACUUGACCGCUUUGCCAGUUCCAGAGCCAGGCAGCCACUGAAGUCGGAACCCGAGCAAGAUGAAUACGAUCAACAGAGAGCUGCAUCAACCUGUAUUGAUUUGUUACUUACCCAAGACCGAAAAUGUACUGGUGAAAAGAGGUCAAGAUCAGUGUCACCAGCUCUAAAGGGAUCUGAGGCAGAUGUUCGUGAAAAGAAGCUGAAAUUGGAAGUCCCUGCUAAAUACAAGACCUAUAUGCCUACAGGUACAGCAGUUACAGUAUCUAGUACCUCAGCAACAACUACUGCCACAUCUGAUGCAGAGCCGCCUUUACUCACAAUACGUCAUGGACAAGAGGAAGCUGUCUCUACACAGAAAGGUGCUAACGUAAUUUACCAGCAGGUAUCUGGGGAUCAGCCACCAGUUCAGUUUAUUUUAAGUGCUGAGGAAAUCAAGAAAAUGCAGAAUCAGAAGCUGUCAAAUGGCAGUGUGGGCGAGGACUUUACAAAGAGAAAUCCAAGACAAACUAAAUCAAACUAUCACUGGACAGGGGAUGUUUCUUGUGAGGUAAUUCUGAGUUACGAUGGGAUUAGUGAAAGACAGAAAAUGAAGCCACGUCUGGGCCCUAUCAUACAAGCUUUGGUGAAAGGUGAUUACAGUGUUCUCAGAUCAGAUUUGUACCAGAGCUUGACAGCGGACUCAAAACAAUCAAGUCAGGAAAUGUUGAAUUCUUUUAACUAUAAAGAUGAUGACCGACAAAAGCCUAUAACAUAUUUGAGUGAUGCCAAGACAGAGGUGUUCAAGGUGCUAUCAUUGUUAUGCAUGAGUAAAGCCAGGUUUAAAGAUCUUCUAGAUUGGAUGAAAACCCUUAAACUAGAGGAAGGAAAUCAAGGAAAAUACUAUUUAUCAGAAAGGAAUGUGAUUGGUGGAGGACUUAGGGUCAUGUAUGACACCGAUGAAUUGGCAGCUAAGAAAAUGAAUUCUCUACUGAAGCUUCGCACUGGCGGCAAGGCAAAGGAGAAAACCAAGUUGCUGUAUCCCGUCACAACACUACAGUCAGCAUUGAAUCCUCAAAAGCCGGGAAACUUUAUGAUUAUGGUACCAACCUCAAAUGCUGCUGGUACCCCUGGUGCACCUACUGCAGUUCCAAGUGGCAUUCCAGGUGAUGCUCAGUUUAGCAUUUAUCCCACAAUGCAAGCUGGUCAGUCACUGGUUCCAGUAACCGCAACAACAAAUGUGAAUCAGCCACAUCCAGCCUGGUCAAAAGAAGCCUUAACCAGACCCACAGAACCGAAAAUAUCUCUAGUUUCUCUUUUAAAUAAAUCCAAGUCUGUGGUCUCUUCUAAAUCCACUGGUACAAACACGACAGAAUCUCUGAAACAGAACUUGAGACAUCCAAACAUUUUACGGUCCAAAUCUCAUUUCCAUUCACAAAAACUUGUCCCGCCUAGCGGGGAACCAAUUCCAAUGCAUUUAUACCGGUCCUAUAAAACCGGAACCGAUCCGGAACAUUCAAAGAUAGAUCAUUAUGAUGAGACAGACCCUGAUGAUACAGGUACAACACCAAUAAUUGUUAAACAAGAACCAGUAGAGUAUAACAAUGAGGAUGAAAUCAGUAAACAUUCGCAAGAAGAAGAUGAACCUUCUGAUCAGUUUAAAGGUGUACUUAACACAGAUGCACAUAUGCCUGUAGAUGCUGAAAAUAGCGAUCUGAACAUGGAAUUAGUGAUUAAAACUGAACCAGUAGAUGAUUAUGACAGUUAAUUGAUGACAAAUAGAAAUUCUUAAAAUAUGCGUCAGGUUGGAAAUGAUACUGAGCACACUGCACAAAAAGUCAGAUUUACAAAUCGAAUGUCAGUUUCCUUGUCAAUACUGGGACAUCUGUCUGUGUGUGGUUGUUUCAUUGAGGAAAAUUUAAAAUGGUGCAGUGCACCAUCAGUGCCAUAUUUGCUUUUUGAUUUCAUUACAAGUUUAGGUUAUUAAUUUAACUUUUAAAUACUCGAAAGGCUUCUAAAAAGACAUUUAUAAAGGGGAUUACUUCUUAGAGAAAGGUUCUGAAUACAGUCAGUCCUGUGGUAAAGACCAGCUCCAAGUCAAGACCACAUUUACAAAACCUGCCUAUCAAGGCCAUUUUUUUCCCCUUGGUAUUGUAAACCAUAAAUUUGUGUUAAUUUACCUCUGUUGAGAAACCACCUUUCAACAAAGACCACUUUAUAGCUCACCAUGAAAAAAAGUCAUCAGAGCUGUUACGAUACCUCCAUGUGGUGUACACAUCUUGUCAACAAGCCCAUAUCUUAGUUGUUAAUACAACUGAACGAAGCUUGAUACAUGCCUUCCCCUCAAUAAUUCCAUCUGAGUGACAUAUGUCCCAUAACUAUUGCUUUCAUUUUGAUGAAAUUUUGCCCUCUUUGUUAGCAACUAUAUAUCACAAGUACAUAAAAUCCACCCCACCCCGUCUUCAGAAUGAGAGGUUUUGUUAAAUGUUUAAUCUUUCAUGGUGAGCUGCAUUGCUCUAGAGUGGUCUUUACUGUCAAGUGUUUUGCUGUAGUUGUGCUUCUCAGUUUCCAUAGAUUAUGAGUACUGAAAUGUAUAUAAUAACAAACUUUGAAGGUAGAACUAGGUUGGAUGUUAUUAAAUUUAAUAUACUUGAAAAGUUAGUUUAUAUCUUUGAUUAGAUAUUGGGGAUGUUAGAUAGUUGCCAAUUACUAUGUGGUAUCAUUUCCAAAAGUGUCUGGGUUCAGAGUGAACCUUCACUUUUGAUGCAGCAGUUUUUCUGCAUUUAAUUCUUUUUUUUAACCAGUAAUAUGUACUCGAUGAUAAGUCUGCUUUCUGUUUUGCUUUUGUCGUUUUUCUGUUAAUUAUGUUGAUGUGAUUAUUCUGUGGAAUUAACCCUUACCCUGCUAAAUUUCUAUAGUGGACUUUUCUGUCUUCCAAUUUGGACGGUACCAUUAAUUGUUUUAAGGGGUACUUACCUAACAGAUACUGAGUGAAUGGCAAACAGUGCAGAUCUUGUUAAGACUGCACAAAUGUGCAGGUUGAUCAUGGUCGCAAUAGCAUAAUCAAUCGUAUCCGGCCUGAUAAGGGUUAACCAAACCCAGCUCUACAAAUAGCAAAUCUAUAUUUUGUAAAUUAUUGUAAACUUUCAGUAAGGAGUGUAAUGUACAUGUUUGAAAAUAGGGCUUGAUUAUACCUUACUGAGGCAUACAAAUGUGCCUAUUUACAGCAUUUCUAAUGAUCUUGAAUGAUUUAUGAUAAAAAAAUAUAUAUUUACUACCUGCAUUGAUACAUGUUUAAAAGUUUUUGCAGAAUCAUUUAGCAGUUAGAUUAGUGUGAAAGAAAACUAGAAAAAAAGGAUGAACAAUUUUGGCAAAAAAUGAUGUACACAAUACAAAAUAUUGUUUUGGACAUCAUUACUGAUGACUAUACUUCACAAAACAAGUGAACAUAAAAGGAUUGACAGACUUUACACAAAGCUUGGUAAGAAAUGUUUUGAGCAGUAACGCUGGUUAUGAUCAAAUUAAAUAACAUCCGCGGAUUCGGGGUUUUUUGUGUUUUUUUUUUUAAUUUGGGAGCCGAGACCGUACUGCGUUAUACCGUAUACCGCGGUAUAUUGAAUAGCGUUAUAAAGGGUUUCGAGUGUAGUUUGUUACAGUUAGGUGUCCCAUAUCGAGUGUAUGGGCAUAUAUAUGUGGGAGAUAAAUUUUUGUAGAAUUUUACAUUUGUUUAUCCAGGUGUUAAAAUUCAUAUGUAGUAGUAUUAUACUAGUUGUAUACACAUGUUAUAUAUGAGAUUUCUCAUACAGCUGCUGUAUUUUUAGUGGUUAAAUAUACAUUUAAAGACAAACAAA